GCGUUCUCUGAAAUCCACUAACAAUUUUACAAAUUUAUUUGUAUUUCCACUAAUUUUGUUAGUUUUAAUUAUUAUUCGCCGCCAUUUGUUUUGAACCAGACGACGAGUCCGAACUCCGAUUGUACCCGAAAGAGAAACGAAGUUACGAGUGGUUAGAGCCUUCUCCUUGAAAUAAACGUAAAGGUGGUGAAGUGGAUAUAUUGUUCGAUUUAUCCAAAUUCAUCUGUUUGUUAAUUACUGUAUUUUGAGUGAUAAUGUUGUUUAUAUUUUCUAUAAGUAGUGUUCUUCAAUUGUAACUGAACAACUGUCGUUAGAACUUAUGAUUUAUGUGGUUAUUGCCUUUUUAAGUGAGGUCCUAUGAAGUCUGGAAACGAACUAAAGUACACGUUGCUGUGGCUAUAAGCAUGCAAAAAGGACAACCAUCAUUACAGACUUUUCAACAUAGCACACAUGCUGCACAUGCCCCUCUGAAGUGAAUGAGACCUUCCCACCACGGGAUCAGAACACGAUGCAACAACAGCAGGCGGUUCCCGUUCCCUUCUACUAUUCUGCACCAACAAUGUACGGGCAGGAUAAUGGGAGCACGGCCCACUCAUGGGUACCUGACAAACCGAGCCAACCUUUUAAUACAUGGGAGAACAAUAGUGGAUUUCACAUGACUGGCAGUAAUAACCUAGGGCCAGGACCAGGGCCGAGCCGUCAGGUCGGACCCCAGCAACAGCAACAACCCCAACAACAACCACCACCAACGUCGACCCCACCUGGUCUUCACGCAGAGCUUAACAAGCCCCAGGUGUUGGGCAACCAACAAGGCCCGAUGGGCUUUGUACAGGCUCGACCCAUGAACCCGCAGUACCCGGGAUUUUCAAGGCCAACGAUGCAGCAAGCGCAACCACUAAGACACAGGAACACUCAGAUAGUGCCGAACAACUUCAUGCCGUUGUCAUCCGGGGUGCUGGCACCAGCCCCGGCCCAGGCUAUUGUACAGGCGUAUCCAGCAAUGAUGUUCGGGCAGACACGGCCAGGUGCGCCUUAUCCCAACAACCAAUACUUGGUUCAACAACAAUACUAUCAGCCUGGACCACCUCCGUACUAUCCGCAGGUGCUUCCGCAGUUCCCGCAGAUGGGUGGUGGCGGGGCCCCCGCCGCUGGGAACCAAGCAUCGGUCUCAGUGAUGAGACCGCAGAUACAGCCGCCCCCCGGUCCGGCCCCGGUGAAGCCUGAGCAGAGGAGGAGACCCAAUGCGAUCAAAAUCAUUGACCCCACUACCAAUGAGGAGAUACCGAUGGAUAUCGACGCUGGUGGGAACGGAACGCCGAGUCAAUCGAACGACAGCAGCGCACGGGAGACGCCACAACCCGUGAUUGCUGGACCCAGUGUGGACAACAAUGUAGCAGCUGACUUUGCAGCCAAAGUGGCUCAGGCAAUUGCCAAGGAACCCACAUCAUCAGAGUCUCAGCCAGAUGAGGUUGACUGUGAUAGUGAAACUGUUCAUCAUAAACAGCCGGUCGGUCUGUCGCAUACGAGUGAAGAGUUUGUGCCGCGGUUGUUGCAAAUGCAGGCCAACCCCCCCGUACCUCCAGUGCCGACUGUCAGUGCCGAAACCAGUGCUCCUGCCGUGGACAUUCAGUCUCCAGCUCGGCUGAACAAGAGGCAGGCCGUUCCCAUCUCCGCUCCCCCAGCUCCCACCCCUGUGCCUACUCCUGCUCCCGUGCCUGCCACCGUCCCCGCACCACCUGCCCCUGUAGACAACGGCAAGAGCAAAACCAAGCACGAUAAGCAUGAAACUGUACCUCCGCCCAAGGAGAGGAGAGAGAAGAGAUCGGUAUCAAAAGAGCAGUCUCCUGUGCCUACUCCGGCCCCUGUCCCCGUGGAGGCUCCCGUCGUGAUCGUUGAAGUCCCAGUGGAGGUGCCACCUCCUCAACCCCCCGUUUCUAUUUCCAAGGUGCAACAACAUCACAAUGGCAUCCCUGAGGCUCCUGUUUCCACCAUAGACAGCAACAAAACGUCGAAGGGGAAGAGCAAAAAAGGCAAGAACAUGCGGGACCUAAACCGCAAGGGUGUGGACAAGGAGGGCUCGGACAUGGACGCUUUCACUACAGAGCCUACCAUUGUUGCCGAGGAGCGUGUGGAGAGACCAGCAUCGCCAGCCCCCUUGCCCCCUACACCUGCUCCCGUUUCUGUCCCCCUCCCUUCGCCUGCGGUUCCGCUGGACCCUCUCCCUGCACCUCGACCACCGACUCCUGCUGACAAGAUACAGGAGGAUAUGUUGGAGAAGGAGCCCAAACCAGAGGAACCAGAAGAGGAAGACGCCGUGGUGGCGCCCAAUAACCUGGAACCGGCCAUCAGCAAACCGGAAGAGGACAAACCAGUAGUCCAACAGCUGACUCUCAGACAUAGCUAUAAGAAAGAUCAAUGGAGCCCUCUAAAUCCUGAGGGAAAAAAGAAAUACGACCGGGAUUUUCUGAUGGAUCUCAAGUCUGAGCCUCAGUCCAAUCAGAAACCAGACAAACUGCCCGAUGUCGUGGCUGUCAUUAGGGACUCUUCCAACAACAUGAGAAACCAGAACAUGAGUUUCAUGAACAGCCAGAGCAUAUUUCCUUCGUUUGUGCAGAGGAACUCACAAAGCCAAAGAGGGCCCCCUCCAAAGCGAGGCAGCCAGCAGGGCAACAAGGGCAAGAACCCCAAGGUUAUACAUAUGACGCUGUCGCUGAACGACGACGUGAAGCUGAAGACUAGCGAGAACGCGUGGAAGCCUCAGCGAUUAGAUGCGGACAUUGGGAAACCCGAGGAGGCCAAACAAACUGAGGAGCUGUACAAGAUGGUCCGAGGUAUUCUUAACAAGCUGACGCCUCAGAAAUUUGAAACGCUGAUGAAGAAGUUCAAAGAUUUGAAAAUUGACUCUGAAGAGAGGCUUACCGGAGUUAUAAAUCUUAUUUUCGACAAGGCCGUAGAUGAACCUAACUUUGCCAAGUGCUAUGCGAAUAUGUGCAAGAUCUGCAUAAAACUUGAAGUGCCGAAGAUAGAGAAUGGAGUGGAACAGAGAGUGAACUUUAGGAAAGUACUGAUCACGAGAUGUCAGACAGAGUUUGAAAGCAGCAAACCAGCGGAGCUGGACUCUGCCAAACACAUGGAGGAGAUCAAGAACUGCACAGAUCCGGAGCAGAAAAAGGAACUGAUGUUGGCGUACGAAGAAAAGGAGAGAGCGAUACGAAUGAAAUCUGUAGGAAAUAUUAGAUUUAUAGGUGAAUUAUUUAAAUUGGGAAUGCUGACCCCGACAAUCAUGCAAAGAUGUAUAGAACACCUACUCAAGACCCCCGAGGAGGAGUCUCUCGAGUGCCUGUGUAAAUUAUUGACUACAAUAGGAAGAGAUUUAGAAUCACAGGCACAAAACAAUCCCAAGAAUCAGGGUUUUACACUGAAUCCUUACUUCCAAAAGAUGCAAGAUCUGACACAGAGGAAAGAGGGCUCCAAGGUGUCGUCCCGGGUGCGAUUCAUGCUACAGGACGUGAUUGAACUCCGUCAGAAUAGGUGGGUGCCACGGCGGGAGGACAACAACCCGAAGACCAUCGACCAGAUUACAAAGGAGGCAGAAAGAGAGAGCAUGGAGAUUACUCUUGCACUGAGCCAGCAACCGCAACGGCUCAACCGACCGAACGAUCGCCAGGACGACCGGGGCAAACGCAACAACCGAGGCAACAACAACAACAACAUCAAUAACAACAAUUCGGACGGAGGUUGGGCGACCGUCACCAGGGAAUCGAGACACAACAAACAGUUCAACACUGCAUUUGAAGCAUCCAAAAUGCAGAAUGUUAAGUCUGAGGUAGACAUCAACUCACUGAGUCUCGGAGGUAGUCAACAGUUCAGGUUCAGUGCCAUGAACAACAAGACCAUGGAGAACAAGCCUGGAGCGGUUUCGUUCACCACUUCCAACUUAUUCUCACCGCUCUCUCGUGGAGAAGACAGAAAGCCUCCUCAAUCUGGCAUGAACAGCAAUAGAAGGAUAACACCGACUCCAUCAAUAGAACGAGACAAGGAGAGAGAGAGGCAGCGGAUGAUACAAGGAGUAGAAAGCGAAGGUCGCAGCUCGCGAGGCAGCAGUGUCCAGCGGGGACCACCGUCCCGAGAUAGCUCGGUUCCCCCGUCUGCACCCACAGUAACUGAGGCUCCUGCCGUGGUCAAGUCCGCUCCUGUCGACCCGGAAGCUGCCCGGCUCGCAGAGGAGAAGCUAGAGAGGAAGACCAUCAUGAUCCUAGAAGAAUACAUCACUGGCGUCUCUCCAUUAGAGGAUGUAAAGCAAGAGAUGGAACAGAUUUACACACCAGCCAACCUGGGAAUGUUUGUGGAGAAAGCUCUGCAGUUUGCGUUGGAACGCAAGGCUGGUACUCAGCGAAUUGUGGGACAGCUGCUCGCUGGCCUCAUGGACCAAGGCACCAUCUCUCCCCAAGUUCUAGUGGAACAGCUUCGCCUUAUCUACGAAAUGGCUGACGACAUCGCCAUCGAUGUCCCCAAGGUGUGGGAACUUCAGGCUCAAACAUUAGUUCCCAUACUGCUUGCGGAAAAGAUCAACUACGGCCAUCUGAGAGAUGCCUGCAGUGCAGUGUUGAAGACAAGAGCUGCGGCCAAGCUGCUGGCCCCCACGCUCACCCUUCUGGCUCAGGAGAAAAGUGCAGGUCCUGCGUUUGUCAGAAAACUGUGGGAUUCUUCAAAUGUGAGCCUUAAAGACUUCUUGCCACAGGAACAAAGUGUCGAUGCGUUCAUCAAAGAAAACUCGCUGGAGUACCUUACUGGGGAACCGCCCAAGUUCGACAGCAGCUCCAAUCAGCUUUCCAUGGAACAGGUGAAGGACAGGAUGCAUAGGCUAAUGAUGAACAACCAAUCCUACGAGAAAAUACAUGAAUUCAUCUCAAGCAACGUUGGGGACAAAGUGGAGGAUCUCCAUUUCAUUCGUGCCUUGAUUACCUCAAUAUGUGAAGCCUGCAUUACAGGUUCCAACGCUUUGGACAGCAACAAGUUGAAUCAAUACAAGAAACUCAUCCAGAGGUUCGUCGACAACAAAGAAGACAGAGAGCUAGCCGCCAUCACCGCCGUACACAUGCUCAUGUCCCGCCUCGAGCACCCUUCAGGUCUGAUCAACACCAUAUUCAAUAACUUCCUAGAUGACAAUUUAAUAAGCAGCGAUUCAUUCCUGAAGUGGAGGGAUGAUAAAGAGAACAUUGAGAACAAGGGAGUAUCGGUGUACGCUUUGACUUCCUUCUUUGCGGCUCUGGAGGAGGUCGAGACUGACGAAGAAACGUCCUGAUUGACAAACAACAACAGGUCGGGGUCUUGAGGUUUGGAACUAUUUAGUCGGAAACUCGUAAUAAUCGUAUCAAAUGAAUCUGGUCAGCGAUUGUAAACCAGACAAGUGGCGAAAAAACUUGUUACGUGAUCCUACUUAAUAUAUACUGUUUACGGAAGAUUGUGUGGUUUGUAAAUAUAUAUUUUUUUCUUGUGAACUUGUUAUAAACGAACUAUAAAAAAUGUAUAGACUGAUAUAUGAAUGAAUAAAUUGUUAUUUACUAAUUUAAAUUGCCCAUAUUGGCUUCAUUUUGUAAAAUAAAGAUUUUUAGGAUUUAAUAAUUCUUGUACAGAAAUAUUGUAUAUUUAUUUUCAUUGUUAUUUUUAUAUCGUGGGUCGUAGUAGGCGACUUUCGAUACAUGUGAAUAACUGCGGACGAAAUCGCGACUUCGAGUGGUUUUGUUUUUCAUUACGGUUUGUGAUCUACUACAAACUCGAACGAUGAAAGUGAUUUUAGUGUAAUCAAUAUGUAUAUUAUUAUAUUAGUUGAUGUUUAUAUAUUUUUUGUUGACUGAAAUAAUUUUUAAAAUUGUAAAAAAAUAGGAGGUUAAUAAAGAUAUAUCUAUUAUAUACAUAUAUACAAACAUAAUACAUUGUAAAUUUAAUAUGGACUGUAUACAUAAGUUGGCUUUUUUAAUAUAUAAAGAAAGGAAGAUGGUGUGAAGUCUGUAAAAACAAUGUUUUGCAUAAACACUAACGGACUCAAUAAAUUUAGGUAAAUUAUAUUUAAGGAAUAUACACAGAAGAAGAUUCAUAAAUUGGAAAUAUAAAAGUAUGUAUAUAUUAAUCUGUAAUCUGUAUAUGACGGCCCAAGUGCUCCCAGGACCCAAGUCACUCUUGGUUAUUUCGCAGCAAGAGAUCUCAGAAGUUAACAGCAAUCUGUUGAGUUUGAAGUCUGCCGUGCAUAGGAGCUCAGUGAUUUUAUUUUGUGUUGAGUGAUUUCUACAGAAACAUUGUCAAUGAAAAGUUAAUGAAAAAUAUUGUUAAUUUAACUGUAUUGAUGGCAAAUUUAAUUUAAAGUCCUGAUGUUUUGACAAUUAGAAUAAAACCGCACCACCACUUU